GGGAUAGCUCUUGCUCAGUCUUCAAAUAUCUCUGAAUCUCUGCUAUGGGGAGCAUACCGACCCAACCUGUAUUUUGGCCUGCGACCGCAGUUGCCUCAGUCGCUUAUGACCGGGUUGAUGUGGUUUGGGACCCACGACUAUCAGUCUAUGCCCAACACCCGGCAUGCGUGCGAGCAGGGCGACCAUCUGGAUAGUUACACUUGGACGGAAUACGAUGCCAGAGAAGGCGGCGUACAAGUCAUCAAAGACAGCGCGAACAACGUUCAGCUCACGACAGAGUUCCUCAAAAUUCCCGGAGGUCAGCAUGGUGGUAACUGGGCUGCACGUAUCAAAGGAGAACCAAUAGACCCUCACAGACCGUUAAGGAUAUCGACAAUAUUUUACAUGGGUCUCGAAGGUGUGGGAGGGCUAGAGAUGGAGACUGACGAGGAUGAGAAUGGUUUGGAAGGUCCGGUUGUCUUUACGGGCUCCACCGUUGAGCUCGACGAAUUCACAAUUCGCGUUGUUGAUGGCCCUGACAACACCCCUGUAACUCUUGGUGUGCAUGCAGAGGCUUUCGCUCACCGUAAUGGGAAAACCCACUUCGCAGGUUACCGCACGCCUGCGGGCCAAAUCUGGAAGGCUAAAGAGUACAUCCUCUCGAGUAUAGUCGAUCAUGCAAAACAGGCUAUCCUGCCGUACCAAGACUCCACUACCACGCCGCCAGACCCUUCCUUUGUUCUCCAGCUGCCAGACGAGGUAUUCACCGGAAGCUCGUUGUAUGCGGUCCAGAAGAUCUUCGACGGGUCAUUUCAAUUCGAGGUCUUCUUCGAGAGCGCUAGUGCGAAACAGAAACUAUCAUCGGCUGCUUUGGACCAAGGUAUCGAAGCUUUGAGCAAGUCGUUCAGUCAACGGUUCGAUGAGGUCUUCCCGGUCACGAACUAUCCGACUAGCAAUCCCGACUCGUUGAAGGCAUUUUCCAAAGCCGUCACUUCAAACCUCAUUGGCGGUGUGGGUUACUUCCAUGGUACCUCGAUAGUCGAUCGCGCGUUUUCGUACGAGUGGGACCAGGAAGACGAUGUGCCAACACUCGAAGAUGACGACGAUGGGCAGAAGGGUGCACAUCUGACCGAACCUCGUUCGCUGUUGACGGCCACGCCCAGCCGAAGCUUCUUCCCUAGGGGCUUCUAUUGGGAUGAGGGUUUUCACUUACUCCAUAUUGGUGAAUGGGACAACGACAUGAGUUUGCAAAUUCUGAAGAACUGGGUCGAUCUCAUCGACCAGGAUGGCUGGGUCGCUAGGGAACAAAUUCUAGGCGAAGAGGCUCGUAGUAAGGUGCCCGCCGAGUUCCGCACGCAAGUGCCGACAUGGGCCAACCCUCCCACACUGACGAUGGCUGUGACAGCAUUUAUCAAUCGUCUGAAGAAGGCCUCUCCCGGGCCCUCGACAGCUGAUCUUGGUCUUGACUACGGCAUGGGCAGCGAGCAAAUUAUCAUGACAGAUUCUUCAGCCGAUUCUUCUAUCCGCAGCCAGUAUUUGGAAGACCCGGAGCUUGCACUGUCAUAUCUGAAGUCAAUCUACGCACCGCUCAAGAGGCACUAUGAUUGGUUCCGUCGCACACAGCGUGGACAGAUCAAACAGUACUCGCGCAAGGCGCGGUCGCGAACUGAAGCGUACAGAUGGCGUGGACGCUCGAAAGAUCAUGUUCUGACAAGCGGGAUGGACGACUACCCUCGUGGACCGCCGCACGCAGGCGAGCUGCACCUCGACUUAAUCUCUUGGAUGGCGUUCUUCACGCGCACAAUGCGCGACCUCGCUGAGUUCAUCGGCGAGACAGACGAUGCGACGGCAUUUGUCGAGAUCGAGCGAGCGACCCUUGACAACAUCGAGGACCUGCACUGGAACGAGGAACACCAGAUGUACUGCGACGUGAACGUGAACGACGAUGACGAGUCGUAUCAUGUCUGUGAGAAGGGUUAUCUCUCGCUCUUCCCAUUCCUGCUUGGUCUGCUCUCGCCCGAGUCGCCACAUCUCGGGCCUGUUCUCGACCUGCUCCACGACCCCGAACACCUCUGGUCGCCAUAUGGCCUGCGCAGUCUGUCUGUGUCGCACCCGGAGUUUGGACAGGGAGAAAACUACUGGAAAGGUCCGGUUUGGGUGCAAAUGAACUACCUUGCCCUCCAGGCGCUACACACUAUCUAUGCUGCAGAGGAGGGUCCUCACCAAGAACGUGCGAAGGAGAUCUAUGCUAAGCUUAGGAAGAAUGUUGUUGACAACGUCCACAAGGAAUACGAACGCACUGGCUACGUCUGGGAGCAGUACGAUGCGGUCACAGGCGAGGGCCGGAGGAGCCAUCCCUUCACCGGCUGGACAUCUUUGGUUACAUUGAUAAUCUCAGAGAAGUACUAGAUGAAUGGACUCUUGACAAUUAUGUUCUCUGGAGCCGUCACUUGGGUACACUUAUUUAUGACAGCCUUGCUCGACCUAGAAAGUUGUUAUCAAUAUGCUUUAAAC